GAAACACAUUUUACUAUUACAUAAAAAUUAAACUAUUUGAAUUAAUAUUGUAAUGUGAACAUUUAAAUUUAUUUCUGACUUUAAAAGAUACCAUUUUUGGAUUAAAAAUGUAUGCAGCAAAUGGGCUGUAUGUUGUGCAGGGAGAGUUAUCAACAUUAAUAUCCUCAUUGAAAAGGGAUUACAACUCAUACCAAGAUGAAGAAAGAUAUUCUCCUUGUAAAAGAUUGUUCAAACUACGAGAUGCUGUUAAUCAAGUAGAAGACUUAAUGUCUCUCAAUUUUGACCAUGUUAUGGAACCAUUUUUGGAUGUGAUUCGUUGUGAAGAAAUAACUGGCCCAGUAACAAGUUUAGCAUUAAUUUCAAUUUAUAAGUUUAUUAACUAUGGACUUAUAAAAAAAUGUGUUCCUGAAUCUAAGUUACUUUCAACUGUAGAAAAUAUUGCAGAUGCUAUUACUCACACUAGAUUUUUGGGAACUGAAAAAACAAGUGAUGCUAUAGUAUUAAUGAAAACAUUACAAGUUUUAUAUUGCUUGAUGAUGUCUCCUGAAGGAGAAUAUCUUCCAAAUGAAAGUGUUUGUGAAAUAAUGAUGAGCUGUUUUCGUUUUUGUUUUGAAGUUAGACUUAGUGAAUUUGUGCGAUCUUAUGCUGAGCAUUGCUUGAAAGAUAUUAUACAGCUUCUUUUUUCAAGAUUAGUCACAUUAAGUAAAGAACAAGGAAAUUCUUCAGAAAGAUUAGGUCUUAAUAUGAAGAAUUAUGGUGAUCCUCUUAGUAAUUGUAAUGACAAUGUAGAAGAUACAAGAAAUAUAGUUUCAAAUGAUGAAUCCCCAUUACCUGCAAUGGAUACAAUGCCUAAUACUAUAUCUCAAUGUGAUGUAAAUGACCUUGCGGAAAGAACAGUACCAGAUGUAGAAAAUGAAAAACAUAUUUCAGAUAAUAGUGAACUACCAACUGAAGAACUGCCAUUAUUAAAUAUUGAAAAUGAAACAGAUUUGACUAAAAAUGCAGUUGACGAGAAUAAAAAAGAGUAUAUAAAUGGUCAAGGUGUAAGAUUUACUACCCAAAUAACUAUACCUUACACAAAAGUUCCAUAUAAUAGUGGCUGUGUCUUAGAGCUUAUUAAGUUUUUAGUUGAUGCUUGUGAUCCACAUGACCAGCAAAACUCUGAAGUAAUGAUUGGUGUAGGGCUCAAUCUCUUAGUGAUUGCUUUUGAAGUUGGAGCAUAUGCCAUUAAAUGUCAUAUUAACAUGCAUUCCAUAAUAAAAGAUCAACUUUGUCGUAAUAUACUUUCUCUGUUGUCUUAUGAAAAAAUGCCCAUAUUCAGUUCUAGUCUAAGACUUGCUUUCUUGGUGUUUGAAUCUAUGCGUCAACAUUUAAAAUUUCAAUUAGAAUAUUAUAUGACCAAUUUGAUCAACAUAGUUGUUAAUGAAAACUCAAAGAUUCCAUAUGGCAAAAAAGAAAUGGCAUUAAAAUGUCUUGUUCAACUAUGGAAAAUCCCAGGUCUAGUUACUGAACUUUAUUUAAAUUAUGAUUGUGGAUUGUAUUGUUCAGAUCUAUAUGAUGAUAUCACUAAACUGUUAUCUAAAAAUGUUUUUCCAUUCAAUGAUAUAUAUAGUACUCAUUUACUAUCAAUGGAUGCUCUUUUAGCUGUAGUUGAUUCUAUUGAACGCCAUUGUCAUAACCGUACACAAUUUACUCAAAAGUCAGAAAAUAGUUCAUCUCAUGAUGUUUCUGAGGAACAAAAAUCAGAUUCUGAAAAUCAUCUUGAACGAUGGCAUCCAGAUUUUUCCAUUAAUAUUCCAAGUCAUGAAGAAUUAAUGGCAAUUAAAAGAAAAAAAAAGUUACUUACUUCGGGUACAGAAAAAUUCAACACAAAACCAAAAAAAGGUAUAGAAUUCUUACAAGAACAUGGCCUAUUAUCAUCUCCAUUAAAUCCUGUUGAGAUUGCUACAUUUCUAAAAGAAAAUCCUCUUUUGGAUAAGAAAAUGAUUGGUGAAUAUAUUAGCAACAGGAAUAAUAUAGAUGUUCUAAACAGUUUUAUUAGUUCAUUUGAUUUAAAUGGAACUCGUAUUGAUGAAGCUCUUAGGAUGUAUCUUGAAGCAUUUCGAUUACCUGGAGAGUCGCCUCUAAUAUCAUUUGUAUUGGAACCAUUUACAGAAUAUUGGCAUACUUGUAAUGGAAAUCCUUUUGCAAAUGCUGAAUGUGCAUUUUUGUUGGCCUAUGCAAUUAUCAUGUUAAAUGUUGACCAACAUAAUCAAAAUGUCAGGCGAAUAGAUCAACCUAUGACACCAGAUGCAUUUAAGCGGAAUUUAAAAAAACUAAAUGGCGGUGAAGAUUUUGAUCAAGCAAUGUUAGAAGAAAUUUAUAAAGACAUCAAGGCAAAAGAAAUUGUUAUGCCUGCUGAACAUAGUGGUGCAGUCUUAGAAAACUAUUUAUGGAAAGUACUGUUAAGACGUGCAUCUAGUAAAGAUGGUUCUUAUAUACAAGCACCAAGUGGAGUUUUUGAUCAUGAAUUAUUUUCUAUUUGCUGGGGUCCUACUUUAGCUGCUUUGAGCUUUAUAUUUGAUAAGUCUAAUCAUCAAACCGUUUAUACAAGAACUAUUUUUGGUCUUAGAAAAUGUGCUUUUAUUUGUGCUCAUUAUGGAAUGUGUGCUGAAUUUGAUAGCUUAAUCAUAUCAUUAUGUAAAUUUACCAAUUUACAGAAUAACCUAGAUUGUCCAGAAAAUGUUACAAUAUUGUUUGGAAGUAACCCUAAAGCUAGACUGGCAACUCGUACUCUUUUUAGUUUAACUCAUAUGUAUGGUGAUAUUAUUCGUGAGGGUUGGUCAAGUAUAUUUGACAUAAUUUUACAACUGUACAAAUGCAAUCUGUUGCCUACUAUUUUAGUCGAGUCAGAAGAUUUUCUAGAACUUAGUGGUAAAAUUUCAUUAAUACGUGAAACAGUCCCCCUAGGUUCACAAAAGGUAGAAUCAAGUUUGUUUAGUUCACUUUAUUCAUAUAUAGCAUCUGGGGGUGAAACUAUUAACCAUAAGAUACAAACAUCAAAUGAAGCUGAAUUGAUUGUUACUUCUAAGGAUUGCAUAUCAGAAAGUCGUUUAGAAAGUCUAAUCACAGAGUCUAAGUUUUUUACUAUAGAAUCUUUGGAAGCUCUAGUUAAAGCAUUAAUUGGAACAUUUUAUAAACCAGACGAUGUAUUAGCCCUUGGAUCACGAGAAAAUGAAAAUGCAGCUUGCUUCUUAUUAGAAAUGCUUCUUAAAAUAGUUUUACAAAACAGAGACAGAGUAAAUACCCUAUGGGAAGCAGUUAAACAACAUCUAUAUAACCUUAUAACUGGUGCUAUUGAACAUAAUCACAUGUUUCUUUUGGAACGUACAGUUGUUGGAUUAAUGCGAUUAGCAUCUCGUCUUAUGAGACGUGAAGAAAUAAGUUCAAUGGUAUUACAAUCAUUAAAUGUAUUAUUAUUACUCAAUGCAAAUACUUUACAAAUAGUGGGUCGUCAAAUAGCUUUUGGAAUGUAUGAAUUAUUGAAAAUGUGUGCGGCAAAUAUUCACACAAGAGAGGAUUGGACAUUAAUUUUUUCAAUCUUAGAAUAUGUGGGUGCUGGAAUUGCUGUAUCUAAAACCUAUAAUAUUAAUCAUCAAUCUGAUAAUGAAGUUUUAAGUGUAAGUGAUAGCAAUGAUGACAGUGGGUUAGAUGUUAAAUCAGUUAAUAAUGUUUCGACUCUUUUGUCUUUGUCUCCAGACAGUAAAUCAGGAUUAUUAAAGGUUGAAACAAAUGAAGGAAUAUUAGAAAUUUGGCCAGAAUGUUCAACAUUUAUUCAUCAUGAUGCAUUUUCAUUUGUCAAAUGUUGUGAAUGCCUUGCCUUUUUAGUGCGUAAUAUUGCACAUAUUACUCCAUACAAUUUCACUAAAUGUGUCUCAGUUAUAAAAAAUUUUGCGAGGGCCAGUUUGCAAUCAAAAGAUAAAAAUGUAAGGCAAAAAUCAAGUGAAAGACUAAAAACUAAUUCAAAAUCCAACAAAAAUAAAACAUCCAACCCAUAUGAUGCUGAUGAUAGUGAUAUUGAAGACAUUCCAAGUAGUUACUCUCAAGUUUCUAUUCAAUUAUUAGAUCUUAUGCAUACCUUACACACAAGCACUGCUGAUAUUUAUCGAUGGUGGGUUGAAGAAAACCCAGAUACAGAACUCAUAUCUUUGUGGAAUCAUGGAUGGUGUCCACUACUCCAAGGAAUAGCUAGUCUGUGUUGUGAUUGCCGUCGUGAUGUAAGAAUGAGUGCUGUAACUUACUUACAACGAGCCCUUUUAAUGCACGACCUUGCCACACUUAAUGGUGAUGAAUGGGAAGCAUGUUUUCGUAAAGUUCUGUUUCCUUUAAUGAACAAGCUAUUAAAUUGUGGUAAAGACAUUGAUCCAAGUGGCUUGGAUGAAACAAAAAUGCGGUCUACCACUUUAUUGUCCAAGGUUUUCUUACAUCAUUUGACUCAACUUCAAUCAUUACCAACAUUUGUGGAUUUAUGGAUUACUGUUCUAGAACUGAUGCACAAGUUUAUGAUAUCAGACAAUAGUGACACAUUGAGUGAAGCAAUUCCAGAAACAUUGAAAAAUAUGUUGUUAGUAAUGUUAAAUGGUAAGACAAAUAGUAAAGAAGAUCUUCAUAGUAAACAAGCUUUCUGGGAUGCUACUUGGAACAAAGUAAAUACAUUUUUACCUCAUAUGUCUGAUGAAUUACUUCAUCAUCACAAUAACAGACAAGUUACAGAACAGGAUCUUGACAUUCAAUUAUCAGAAACCUCAUCUGAUUUACCUGAUGUUACACUUCCUUCUUCUGUACCAUUUUCACCAGGUGUCGUAACACCUAUUGAACCACAGAAUCCAUUGGAAGUUACUCAUGGAAUUUUAAAUCAAACACCAAUUUUAACUAAUUCAAUACUUUAUCAAAAUAAUAUCUUGAAUACUCAACAUUUUGCCAAUCAUUCCCAAUGUGUUGAGGAUGAUCAAAAUGACGAAUUGAUUGCAGUCAUUACAACUGUUCCAAUUCUUCAACCUUAUCAACCGCCCAUUAAGAGUGAAGAAUUAGAGAAUAAUAAUGAUAAUAAAAGAGAUUGUGAAGUAAACCAACAACAUUUGAAUAAUUAACUGUACUAUAUCAUUAUUGA